CGAUAUAAAUGCGUAAUUAGCAGUUAAGAAAGGCAGCGCUACAUUGUCUGCACGUUUUGGUGGAUGCGGUGUCGUAAAAGACUAAUUAUAGGCAAGUUAGCUAAGCUAGAAACGAGAGUACAAAAAGAUUGAGGCAGUUUAGCUCAAGCAGGUCGAGAGACAGACGCUUCAGCAGUCACUGACUGAAAUGUGACAGUAAAUAACAAGCUUUAAGCAGAAAUAACUACAGUAACGGCAGGUUUUAAGUGUUGAGAGACUCAUUCGGACGUUGCGGUGGAAGGCCACGGGGAGUUUCUGAGAAGACCGUCACUAUCUCUAAGCCAUCAAUAAACUCCCUUUUUAGAGUCAGACCCUUGUUAUAAGCUUCCGAUCUGCCAAGUCUAAACUUUCGCUGAGAUUUCAUCAGAGGUUUCGUCUUCAAAACAGAGACACUGACAGCUUCGUCACUGCUGUACCCAGUCUAUUUCAGAUUUUUACUCCAUUUGCAACGCUCCAGUCUCACAUAAGUGGACUUAGUGCUCGCCCAUUGACGUGGCACAGGCCUACUACAAUUAGCACUCGACGGACUUGAGAAAUCCAUCGCCAACAAGGCCAUCACGAUUCACAACUUGCUGCACGAUCCUCAGGCCUGUUACUUUUCAAAUUAUGCUUCUGCUCUUUGGCCCAACUCUGUUUCUACCAGCCCCUCUCUGAAUCUCCAGAAGCGGCGCAGUUAAACAAUGCACUGCUGAAAGAUCUUCUGCUGUUUUAGUCUACAUCCAACGCUUGUAGGACCGGGAGCAGGUGCUUCUGAAAGCGUUAAAAGUGCUCUAGAACCAUGUGUGUCCUUUGGGCAGUGUUUCCAGUUGGCCUAGUCCACUGGAUGGGUGGACAGUAGGGGGACAGCGAGACAGUGGACUCAUGUCAUGGAAGGGGUUGUUGCAGUCGCAGUACAUACAGAGGGCUUGAAUGGCUUUCCACAAGAAUGUAAACAGACAGAGGAUCUAACCAAUGGCCACUCCAAAUGCACAACUAUCCUAAAUGGACUGACUCCAGGUAAUGGCAUCAAAGACAAUGGCAGCGUGAAUGGCAACCCUUAUCUCAAAACUGUCCCAAUCUCAGCGCUAAAACAGAAUGGGCUCUUACAGUCUCUGGCAGCAGGAGGCAAUCAGACUAAAACAGAAGAGGUGAGCUUGGAGGUGGAGCGAGCACAAGAGGAGUGGGAUGCCCUGGAGAGCAUCCAACCAGUUCUUGCUGAGGAUCUUACCCCAUCACCGCUGAUCUCUUUCAAUGAGGCUCUGCAGCAUUUUCAGACCACUGAUCUUGGAGACCUGCUUAAGAACAUUCAGCCCACCAUUCGCAGGACUGGAUUGGCCGCCAUCACCCAUUUCCUGUUCGGCCCUCCUCGGCUACACAAAGACCUUGUAGAGGAGAGAGACUUAGUGUUUGCCAUCGCACAGUGUUCUCUGGAUAAUGGCCAGUCAGUUCACAUGCGUGUACUCCAGACCAUCUACAGGAAAUUAACCUGCACCCGAGCUGACUGCCCUCGCUAUGGACCACACUGGGAGAACGUGGGCUUUCAAGGUUCAGACCCUGCUACAGAUCUGAGGGGAACUGGUUUUCUGGGCCUGAUGCACACUCUCUACUUCGUCAUGGAUCCAGAAAUACUACCACUUGCUAGAGAAAUCUACAAACUCUCUCAGCAUCCAGUCCAGAAUUUUCCGUUCUGUGUGAUGUCAAUCAACAUGACGCGAAUCGCCCUGCAUGCUCUCAGGGAGGAGGUGCUGUCCAAGGAGUGUAACCGAAGGCAACAGGUCGUGGCGGUGCUGAAUGAUUUUUAUGUUGCAACAUUCCUGCAUCUCUACCAGCUUUGGAAGAGCCAGCAGAAAACCAUCUCUGACUCUGGCCAUGUACUCAAAGAAGUGGAGCUCUUCGCCAAGAAGAACCCCAAGCAGAUUCUCAAACGUCUCGAGGGCUACCUGAAGGAGAGACGUGCUGGGACAGGACACCGAACGUCACCCGACACACUAUCGCAUAGCAACCCUUCACCUGGUGACUCUGGGUCUCGAGCAGGGAGUCAGGGCGGGAAGGAGGGCAAAGAGCUGAACUUCACUGGAGUGUGCGAGCUGCCACCUGAGAUGGAGGGCGAGGCGAGACUCAUCUGAGAGACGGAGAGGCAUUCGAUUUGUACAGUCUCGACUAUCUCUCGUGCUCUAACUUUGUCGUUCUCUCUGUUUCUUCAUUUCCUUUCUGUCCUUUCAUGCUCGAGUACACUCAGAGACAAGUCUGUGUUGUAACUGUAGUUGCUAAAAAGUAUAAAACUCUCUGCUGUCUUGUUUCCGUUAGAAUACCUAUUGGCUCUUCUAUUAUAAAGGCUAGAUUUAGUUGCCAAGUGUAAAAGGAGAAUCUCAGAAUUAACCGCCUCUGCGGCGGCAGGUUGUCUUAAAGCUGUCAGGAAGAAAGAGAGACUGUUUACAGGCCUCAUGGGCUUGCAGUUGCAAAAGCCAGCCAGCACCUUACCCACUACUGUGGUAUUGAGUGGGAGUGACUUCCUGUGUGUGAUCGCCUGACUGUUUAGGCACGUAUUUGAUUGAGACUAGUCUAGUGAAAGCCUUGUGAUCCUCGUGGUCAUUUGAACACGUUCACUGUGACCGAGUCAAUGCUCAAGAAAGUUGGCAGCGUUUGUAUUGAUGUUGGCUCUUUACUCUUCACUGUUGAAAAAUGGAAUGAGGUAUCAAAACAUUGGAUGGAAAUAGCCUCAAUAGGCCAAAGUUUUUUAUUUUAUUUUCUCCCUUUAGAGAGAUAAAUGUCACACUAUCGUUCAAAGAUAGUCGGACAUGUUUCUGUUGGCAGGAACUUUUCAGCAAAAGCCUGAAAUUGUAAAGUAAGGCAUCUUUUGGAUGGGAAAGUGCAUUUUAGUGACCUGUAGACCAAAAUGUAUGGAUGUUUGACUAUAUAUUUUUCAGUUCAGUUACAAUACUAUCGUUGACACUUGCAGACUCUUCACUAUUAACUGAAUUAUCAGCUAAAUUUAUUUAACUGUUUGAGCUUUGAGCUAAAAUUAGGGCAGUAAUCAAAGUUAAAUGUGAUAUUUGGAGGUGUUGUUAUGCUUGUCUGCAUGAAGCGAAUCUUACUUGUUUCUUCUAAUGAUAGCAGGUACAUUCCAGUUUUAAGUGAACAUGUUGUGGACGAGAGUGGGGAUGAUCCCAUAACAUAAAAGCUUUCCUGAAAAAUUUCCGGUGUCCCGGACGAGCCCCCAGUUUUUCUUUGCGAAACCCUUUUGUGCCAGAAAUAGUCCUAAGAAAUGUUAUCGGUUACUUGUUACGGCAUUUCUAGUGCGUUACAGCAUUCUCAAGCUGUCUUCUAGAUUGGCCUGAGAGGAUAGAUGGUGUAUUUUAAAUUGUUGGAUGAUAGUGAUUAUAUCGUUACAGCUUCCGGAAGCACUUUUAGCAAUGAAAGUGUUUAAACUUAUUAGGGAUAGUUGUGUCUAUAAGACAUGGCUUUAAUACAACAUUAGCAGGAAGCUGCAGGUCCUUUAAGCUGUAUGUUAUACGUAACCUAACGAUUAUUUCCUUCAGAGUUGCAUGAGACACGUUGAAAACUUCAGUAGCAAAAAGUCAAUCACUUCUUGCAUCUAACAUACAGCAUUUAAAUAGACAUGUACGACCUGUUUAUAGUGUAGUCAAGUACUCCGUGAGACUUAUUGAUUUGAACACACACACACACACACACACA